AUGGAAUCAAGUAGAAGUAGUAGUAGACUAAUUUGGAUAUUAUUGUUGGCAACUUUGGUGUUGGCCUCAUAUGGCGGUGUUGGAAAUGCCGAAAGCGAUUUGUUUGGCGAUACCUUUCUAAAUUAUGAACUACCUUGCAAGAAGAUUCCACCAAGUCCAACAGUACCAGAUCAUGUGACUAAGGUCAGACCAUCAGAUAUUAAGGUUGCUAUGGGUAUUGGAGAUAGUUCUUCCGCUGGAUUUGUCAUGAUGUAUGAGAAGUUUGGUGACUCCAUUAAUGAGUUUAGAGGACGAUCAUUCCCUAAUGGAGGUGAUCCUGGCGCAGCAACAAUUCCAAACUUCCUUAAAUCAGUAGGAGCUAAUGUUGUUGGUGGUGGAAGAGGUUCCAAUGUUCCACUGAUGUUUCACUAUGUUCCAAAGAACAUGAGGGCCAAUGCUUUCGACUUUAACAAAGCUCAGCUUGCUGCUGCUGCUUCCCAAGGUAUUCUGGUUGAUGUUCCAGACCUGGUAGAGUAUCUACACUUUCAUUUGAACAAGACCGAUCCACCAGUUGACAAUGAGAAGGAUUGGAAACUGUUCACAUACUUCAUCGGAAGUAAUGAUGUGUGCCAUGUUUGUGAUAACAAAGAGACUAGUUUCUCCAAUUGGAUCGAUGGAUAUUAUAGUACAUUGGCUUUGAUCAAGGAGAAGUUCCCAAGAACUAUUGUCAACGUAAUGUUGAUCAAUAACAUUGUGAGAACCGAGGAGAUAUCAGUUGGAAAGAAAUGUAAUAAUCUUAGAAGGUUCUUGGAGUUCUGUACAUGUUUGAACAAUGAGCAGGGAAGAGCUGCAAUGGCCGAGAGGAGAGCAAACAUUACCAGAGUGAUCAAGGAGAGUGUCACCAAGAUCAACAAGUUGAACUCGCCAGAGUUCAGAGUAGUACUCCAACCAUUCAUGGAGGAUUACAAGAUCGACCUGGAUCACUUGUCACCAUUCGAUUGUUUCCAUCCCAAUCAGAAAGGAUCCAAGAUAUGGUCUCUGGCAUUGUGGAACAAUAUGAUGUCUCCACCAAAGCUAAAGAAACACUACAUUGAACCAAACAUCAAGCCUAUAUGUCCGACCGAAAACACAUACCUUGUAUACGACGAAUAA